GAGUGCGUUCCGGGAGGCGGGCCCGGCUGUUGCCAGGGUUGGGUGCGCCGCUGAACGGAUGGCAGAAAGAGCUGAGCGGAUUGCUGAGGACCGCUGGGCAGCUGUUUGAGUGUCGUCUGUUGCCACCAUUGAUGUCAAGAUGACUAAGCUUGGAUUUUUGCGGUUGUCCUAUGAGAAGCAGGACACACUUCUGAAGCUUCUCAUUCUGUCAAUGGCUGCUGUGUUAUCUUUCUCGACUCGUCUCUUUGCUGUCCUGAGAUUUGAAAGUGUUAUCCAUGAAUUUGAUCCGUACUUUAAUUAUCGGACUACCCGGUUCCUGGCCGAGGAGGGGUUUUAUAAAUUCCAUAACUGGUUUGAUGACCGGGCCUGGUACCCUUUGGGACGAAUCAUAGGAGGAACAAUAUACCCAGGCUUAAUGAUUACCUCUGCUGCAAUCUACCACGUGCUCCACUUUUUCCACAUCACCAUCGACAUUCGGAAUGUCUGUGUGUUCCUGGCCCCUCUCUUCUCCUCCUUCACUACCAUCGUCACGUACCACCUUACCAAAGAGCUCAAGGAUGCAGGGGCUGGGCUGCUUGCUGCUGCCAUGAUAGCUGUUGUCCCUGGAUAUAUCUCCCGAUCUGUGGCUGGCUCCUAUGAUAAUGAAGGGAUUGCCAUUUUUUGUAUGCUGCUUACCUACUACAUGUGGAUCAAGGCAGUAAAGACUGGUUCUAUCUAUUGGGCAGCCAAGUGUGCCCUUGCUUAUUUCUAUAUGGUCUCUUCAUGGGGGGGUUAUGUGUUCCUGAUCAACUUGAUCCCGCUCCACGUCCUGGUGCUGAUGCUCACAGGCCGUUUCUCCCAUCGAAUCUACGUGGCCUACUGUACCGUCUACUGCCUGGGUACCAUACUUUCCAUGCAGAUCUCCUUUGUGGGUUUCCAGCCUGUCCUUUCGUCGGAGCACAUGGCAGCCUUUGGGGUCUUUGGCCUCUGCCAGAUACAUGCCUUUGUGGAUUACCUGCGCAGCAAGUUGAACCCACAGCAAUUUGAAGUUCUUUUCCGGAGUGUCAUCUCCUUGGUGGGCUUUGUCCUCCUCACUGUGGGAGCUCUCCUCAUGCUGACAGGAAAAAUAUCUCCCUGGACGGGCCGUUUCUACUCGCUGCUGGAUCCUUCUUAUGCUAAGAACAACAUCCCCAUCAUUGCAUCUGUAUCUGAGCAUCAGCCCACAACAUGGUCCUCCUACUAUUUUGACCUGCAGCUCCUUGUCUUCAUGUUUCCAGUUGGCCUCUAUUACUGCUUUAGCAACCUGUCUGAUGCCCGGAUUUUUAUCAUCAUGUAUGGUGUGACCAGCAUGUACUUUUCAGCUGUGAUGGUGCGUCUGAUGCUGGUGUUGGCGCCUGUUAUGUGCAUUCUUUCUGGCAUUGGAGUUUCCCAGGUGCUAUCCACAUAUAUGAAGAAUCUGGACAUAAGUCGUCCAGACAAGAAGAGCAAGAAGCAACAGGAUUCUACAUACCCUAUUAAGAAUGAAGUGGCAAGUGGGAUGAUAUUGGUUAUGGCCUUCUUUCUCAUUACCUACACCUUUCAUUCAACCUGGGUGACCAGUGAGGCCUACUCUUCUCCCUCCAUUGUGCUGUCUGCCCGGGGUGGGGAUGGCAGUAGGAUUAUUUUUGAUGACUUCCGAGAAGCGUAUUAUUGGCUUCGUCACAAUACUCCAGAGGACGCAAAGGUCAUGUCAUGGUGGGAUUACGGCUACCAGAUUACAGCUAUGGCAAAUCGGACAAUUUUAGUGGACAACAACACAUGGAAUAAUACCCAUAUUUCUCGAGUAGGGCAGGCAAUGGCAUCCACAGAAGAAAAAGCCUAUGAGAUCAUGAGGGAGCUUGAUGUCAGCUAUGUGUUGGUCAUUUUUGGAGGCCUCACUGGGUAUUCCUCUGAUGAUAUCAACAAGUUUCUUUGGAUGGUUCGGAUUGGAGGCAGCACAGACACAGGCAAACAUAUCAAGGAGAAUGACUAUUAUACUCCAACUGGGGAAUUCCGUGUGGACCGUGAGGGUUCUCCAGUGCUGCUCAACUGUCUUAUGUACAAGAUGUGCUACUACCGCUUUGGACAGGUCUACACAGAAGCUAAGCGUCCACCAGGCUUUGACCGUGUCCGAAAUGCUGAGAUUGGGAAUAAAGACUUUGAGCUUGAUGUGCUGGAGGAGGCAUAUACCACAGAACACUGGCUGGUCAGGAUAUACAAGGUAAAGGACCUGGAUAAUCGAGGCUUGUCAAGGACAUAAAUGUCACAUCCAGCUCAAAUAUUCUUCGCACUGAGAGCGUCAUGUUUAGGACGUUGAAGAUUUUUUUAAAAUAUGCAGUUUAUAAGAACAGAGCCGGAUGGGAUUAGAAUUGUCUGAAAGUUUUGCCCUGGGCAGUAUGGGCUGGGCCAAAUUAAAUAAUUUUUAUAAUUCUGAGCAGGUUACCAAAUGAAAUGUCAUGGCUUUACUUUGAUCAAUUAAAGGGGGGAAUUUUUUUUAAACGUGCCUUAUUUGUUUUGAAUUAUAACUGGUUUGAGGAAGGUGAAAGCCUAUGCUGGGUGGAUAGAAGGAUAGCUCAUCCAUGUUCUUGGCUUCCUAAAUGAGGCAAGUAGUGGCAUUCUUUCUCAAAUCAGGAAAACUGUCAAGGACUAGCUCAGAUCCUGCAUAUAUAAACAAUUUUGUUCUUGUUUCUGCAUUGCAGCACCUAAUACAAUGCCUUGCACAUAGUUUGUGAAUUUUUAUCAAAUGAAUAAAUGUGGGACCACAAAAAUGCCAUUUCUGGGCAAGAAAGACAGCUUUGUUGCUAUUACGUAUUAUUUGCAGUUUCUCCUGUCCUUAGAGGCUCUUUGACCUUAAAAUGGACAGAAAGCAAUUAGCCGGACCUGAUCUUACCACGUGUUCCAUGGAAUAAGCCAGGGUUUCCAGUUUGUUUUUUGAAGCAGGAAUAAAUCAAGGGUGACUAACUCUGUGGUUUUGAAGACUGAUGACAAAGAAAUUAUUGUCAUCAGUGGAAAAGAAGAAACCUCUCCGACACUAUGUAGAGAGCUUAAUGAUCAGUUCAUAUUUUUGAAUCAGUUUUAAUAUAUACAACUACUUGAAAUUUAGCUUUUCGUGCUCUCACUAGCCAUGACACAGUAAGUUGCUCUUUGCUCAUUUUCUUUAUACUCACUAAAACUCCUGUGGUUAUUCAAGGUGAGCUCAACCUAUUUAUUGUUCUAUACUAUUAUAAAAAAAAAAAAUCUCAAUUACUUGGUUUUGAAGCCCUUGACAGAUAAGCUACAAAACAGAAGGAGAAUUACUUUUAACAGGUACCUAGAGAAAGAACAGUGUUGGCCUGAUUGUAAGAAAAACUUCAAAAACCUUUAAAUUCAAAAGCACAGUGUUCCAUGGAUAUUUAAUGUAAUGACAACUAGCCUUAUGUUCAAUACAGUAGGAUGCCAUGUUUUAUAACACAAGACAUAUCACUGAUGUAUACAGACCCUAAGUCAUUAAAAAAAAUAUAAAGUAACUGCCUAGUCUUACAUGGUCAAAAAAAUUGGAAUUAUAUGUGUUCUUUAGAUUAAGUCAAAAUGGUGCUGCCAAAUGAUAUGCUUGGUUAUACUUGUAAACCCAGGGAACCUAGCCUUCUAAGCCAAUUUAUAUAUCCUGUACUUCAAACUGUGGGUAAGAUUUAGAUUUUAUAUAAAAACUGGUUUACCACGUUAAUUCAAUACUAAAUUUAUAUAUAGAAUUUCUCCCUACUGUAAGGUUAUUCUGAAUUUUAUCAAUCUGAUUAAUACCAAUUGUUGCUCUUAGGAAUUUAAUUGUGUUACUUUCUAGGCUUCAUGAAGCUAUCUUUUUUUUUUUUUAAUAUACUUUUUAUUUCCAUUGUUAUAAUGCAUUUAGUGUUAAGAAUCUCGAAUAAGCAACAACACUGUUUUCUACUUCCCAGAGGCUACUACUUUCAGCUCCAUGAUGUACACAUUUCUUGGUUCCACAUCAUUAAGAAAUUGUUCUAUUUUGCUGUUUUGGUUUUUCAAUUUUAGGCACCAAAUAUUGACUUUCUGGUGUUGAAACUGAGGAUUUAUCUCUUUUUCACCAUCCUUUUACCCCAUGGACACACAUUUUUACCAUCUUCUAUUAUAGUUCUAACUAUAUUUAUUAUAGUUUUAAUUCUAUUAUAAUUUUAUCUAGUAAUAUUUAGUUCUGUUAGUUUAGGUUAUGUCAGUAUUUAGUUUUUACCUAUAGCUAUUCAAAGUAAGCCAUGUAUAUACUAUUUCUGCUUUUCUUCCCCUGUGUAAGUUAUUUUUUCAGGGAGUUUCUUCACUUCUUUUUUGUGCUUGUAACUUAUCCCUUAAUUCUCCAUAAUUUUUGCCAACCUACUUUUAAUAUAUUUAGGCACACUAGGUUUUCAUUUUUAGAGAUGUCUUUUGUUUGGUAUAUUCCAGUUUGGAUUGGUUAACUCACCAGGUUUGCUGCAUACCUCUUGGGUUGAUGUAGCCUUUCACUGUCAGACUGGUGUGUGUGUGUGUGCGUGCGCAUGCGCGUGUGUUCCUUUUCUCCCUUUAUUUUCUAAGAUUUAUUUAUUUGAAAGGCAGAUUGACAGAGGCCGUUAGAGACAGAGAGGAAUAGAUUGUCUGUUUGCUGGUUCACUCCCCAAAUAGCUCCAACAGCCUGAGCUGGCCAGACUAAAGCCAGGAGGCAGGAAAUCCUUACGGGUCUUCCAGGAGGGUGGCAGGGGCCCAAGCACUUAGGCCAUCCUCUGUGGCUUUCCCAGGCACAUUAGUGGAGGGCUGGAUUAGAAAUGAAGCAGCAGUCAGGACUUGACCCACUACUCCAGUAGGGGAUGCUGGCCUCCGCCACACUCCCUCUUAUCACCUCCAAAUACCUUCUCGACAAAGUGUUUGAAGGUGAUAAAUGUUGAACUUUCUGAAUUAAAUCUCCUAGUAUUCUUUUAGCUUUCCUUCUGGGAGACUUCCUCAACUUUAUUUUUCUACUUAAAAUAGUUUUUUUCUGCUAUAUUUUUAGUGAUCAAAAGCUUUUUUUUGGGUUUGAAUAUUGCUUUGUUUUGACAUUUUUUCCAAUUAAAGACUCUCAAAUUC